CUUCUUUGGGGCGGGGCGUGGUGGCCGACUACACGAUGUACCGCCACUACGGGUCGGGGGUGUAUCAGCGCGUCAGGGAGGUCGUCAGCACAGCGGCUGGGUUCCUCCGUCGGCUCGGCGUCGUGCUGGUCCUGACGGAGGUGCGCGUGUGGCGUCACGGGGACGAGAUCGCCGUCAGCUCCAAUCGCCACAAGACGCUCAACAAGUUCGAGAUUUACCGGGACAAGUUGCUGAAGGAGGAACCGCAUCUCGCCAACGAUAACACCGUCCUUAUGACGCGACAGGCUUUCGAAAACGCGGCUGGCUUGGCUUUCACUGGAAUGAUGUGCAACAACGGCCUAUCCUCGGGGUUAGUGCGAGACGACGACAGGAGCUCGGGCAUCAUCGGGCACGUCCUGGCGCACGAGUUGGGGCACAGCCUGGGCAUGAAACACGACGAAGAGGAGUACGAGGACACCGACGAAGUGUGCCGGUGUCCGUCCGGCUCCUGCCUCAUGAUUAGCUCCGUGCCGUAAGUUUUUUGUUUUUUU